AGGGGUCGACUGGAACGACCGCAGGCCGGCGGAGCCCACUGCGGAGACGCUGGCGCUAAUGGGUGAGAGGGCGAAGGAAUCCACCGUGGGCAUCACACACUUCAUCACGGAGAACGACACCGGCUUCUCCGGAGUACUGAAGCAGCGGUACUCCGACUUCAUCGUUCACGAGGUCACGCGCGACGGUGAGGUUUGCAAGGGCACCGAUUUCCCGGGGCUCCUGCGGCCCAUCGAGCACGAACGGCAGCCACCGCCGCCCGCCCACGGCCAGCCUACCGCCGCCGCCGCGCAUAAGGAGACCCCCUCUGAUAGCACGGCGUCACCGACGGCUGCGCGUGGUUCUGAUGCGGUUGAGGACGGCUCGAAGGACAAGGAUGGGGAGGGCAAGGGUGAUGGCGAGGGAAGCCCGAAGGACAAAGAGAGGGAGGGCAAGGGUGAUGGCGAGGGCGGCUCGAAGGACAAAGAGGGGGAGGACAAGGGUGACGGUGAGGGGGGCGCCGUGGAUGGAUCGUCGGGCGGGGGAAUGGAGGAGGAUGAGGACGCCAGGCGUGCGAGGGAAGAAGAGGAGAGAGAGAGGAAGAAGAAGGAGGCGGAGGAAGAGCUUAAGAAGCAGGCCAAGAGUGGUGCCGAGGCCCUGCUGCCCGUGGUCGGAGAGCAGGUUGCCGCCAAGGUGGAGGCGUUCAUGUUGGAGGGCUUGGGGGUCACGGGCAAGGACAAACGGACGCUCACGCUCCCCACCGCCGACAAAAACACCCGGGCAAAGGUGUACGGCCUCCUGAAGCAAAACCUCAGCAAGUACCUGCUGGCGGUCACCGUAGAUGACCCCGCCUCCGCCCCGCCGCCGAUGGCCUCCAAAACCGAAACCUUCGAGGCCAAAGACGCCGAGGACGGCGACGCUAAGGCGACGGCGGGAGCCAGCGAUGACAAGAGCGGCGCCGGCGGCGAAGCUCCCGCCGCGAAGGAAGGGAACGGUACGGAAAAUCCGUCCAGCGAGAAGGGAGGCGAGAACGGCGGCGGCGGCGGCGGCGGCGGCGGCGGGGAACCUGCGGAGAAGACGGCGGCAAAUACGAAAGCUUCGGCCGGCACCCCAGCCGCGGCGAAAAAGCCUGAUCCGAACGGGCCCAAGUGCGUGCAGCUCAAGAUGAAGCCCGACUGGCGAAAUAUCGACGGCGGCAACAAGCGUAGGAGGGGCGACCUGGACAGGUCCGGGGGGGGCGGAGGGAGGGGCGGGGGCGGCAGGCGCUGGGUGUGGCCCGAGGGGCGGCCCGAGUUCUGCCGGUUUGUGCUCUACAAGGAGAACAGCGAUACCAUGGGAGCCGUCAGCCGCAUUUGCAAGCACCUUCGAUUCUCGAGCAAGGUCGUGGGGUACGCCGGGACUAAGGACAAGCGGGGCGUUACGGCGCAGUGGUGCACCGUCAAGCGGAAGUCUAUCGAAGAGCUCAGGAGCUUCAACCGCCCGCUUGGUGCUUUCCAGGGGUCAAUCGUUCUCCUUGGGAACUUCUCGUACGUGGCGGAGCCCCUCAAGCUCGGAGAUCUCUCCGGCAACCGCUUCGGCAUCGUCCUUAGAAACCUCAGCCUGCCCAGCGGCGGCGAGAACGGGGCCGAGAACGGUGCUGGGGGGGGGCAGGACGCCUCGGCUGACGAAGCGUCAAAGAAGGAGGCCGAAUACGCUGAGGCGGCGGUGGUCGAAACCGGCGCUAAGCUGAAGGAGACGGUGGACCGACGCUGCGCGUGGGUGAAGGAGCGGGGGUUCAUCAACUACUUCGGCCUCCAGAGGUUCGGGUCGGGGGGAGCACCGACGAGCGAGGUGGGGCUGGCCAUGCUCAAGGAGGACUGGGCUGGGGCGGUGAGACUCAUCAUGACGCCUAGGAUGGGUGAGAACGAGGCCACGCACGCGAGCAAGGUACACUACCUUAAGAACCCGACGGACAUCCAGGGCACCCUCAACAAGCUGCCGUUCUUCAUGGAUGCCGAGAAGAGCAUGAUGCAAGCGCUACUCAAGGGUGGCCCGAACGCUCACAUCGACGCCCUCAAGGCCGUGCCCAAAAAUCUUCAGCUCAUGUACCUGCACGCCUUCCAGUCCCUGCUGUGGAACCUCGCCGCCUCGGAGCGCAUCAAGCUCUACGGCAGAGACGCCGCGGUGGAAGGCGAUCUCGUGUUCCCCCGAGACUCCCCCGCCGCGGCCAUCGAAGACGACGCCACCCUGGUCGACCCUGCGAUAGGAGCCGCCGCCGUCGACGCCGCUGAGCGGGACGGCGACGGAGAAGAUGAGGGCGGGGAGGGGCAGCAGCCGGAGGCCAAGCGGGCCAAGACGGCGGAGACCUCCCUGCCGCCGGUACACGUGGUGACUAAGGAAGACGUGGAGGAAGGGACCUUCCGUCUGACCGACGUCGUGCUGCCCAUGCCCGGGUCGGGGGUGACGUACCCUACGAAUGGCGUGAAGGAGUGCUACACCAAGGCGUUGGAGGAGAGGGGAGUCACAGAGGCGUGCUUCAGCUCGUCCACGCAGAAGGCCUUCAAGCUGGGGGGCGCGUACCGCAGGCUGCUGCAGGUGCCCAAGGACAUGCAGUGGGAGCUGAAGCGCUACGACGACCACACGCUGCACCUCAUCAACACCGACAUCGACGACCUUCUCGACAUCGACGACGCUAGGAUCGCCAAGGAGGAUGCCGAGAGGAAGAAAAAGAAGGAGGAAGAAACCGCCGCCGCCGCCGCCGCUGACCCUUCUUCUGCUGCUGCUGCCGACCCUGCUGCUGCUGCUACUGCCGACCCUGCUGCUGACCCUGCUGCUGCUGAGGCUGAUGUCGAGAAACAACCUCCCUCCACCAAGAAGGAGGAGGGUGACUCAAAGGCCACGACCCCGGACGCAAUGGACGUUGAUGGAGCGGCUCCCGAGAGCAAGUGUGAGGCAUCUCCGCCGGGAUCGCGUGGUGGCCGCUUCCACGGCCUGUGUCUCCACUUCACCCUCCCGUCUUCGUCCUACGCCACAAUGUGCCUAAGGGAGGUGACCCAGCAGGACACAAGCACCAUCUAUCACACGAGCCUCAACAGCCUGGCUGCGGGACAACAUCCUGCCAAAAAGGGCUCUUCUGCUGCUGCAGCCAGCGUGGGAGGAGCUGCGGCGGCGGGCGCGAUGGGAGGCACAGAGGGGGGCGAGGAAGGUCACGAAGAGAAGGCUUCGCCGCCCAAGGGCGCAGUCAUCAAGAUCGGGUCGAGCUUCAAGUAGAUGGGCUCCCCAGAAGCACGUGUCGUCUGGUGGAAUGCAUUUUGGAGUGUGGGUUGAUUGGCCAUUAUCUUGGCGGAUCGGGUACCACAGAGAGAUGAGAGGAUGAGUAGAACCAGUGAUCGUACAACAAACUGAAGCCCUCCGAGCCGACCGUGAGAAUUCAGACUUCAAAGAACAAAGGUCGAACAAACAGACCACGACGAGGACGAACUCAUACCCU